GAUUGGAUUCUUUCUUUGUUGGUUUGUUCGUACCCGGUCUUCCGCAGGCUGACACCCCCGCACACUCACACUCUCGCUCACACGCAGAGUGAGAGACUGCGACGUCGGGUGGGGUGCGAGGUGCGAGGUGCGAGGUCCGAGGGGAGUGGCCUUCUUUACUGCACUGCUGAUUGCUAGCAAUCAGUUGGUCAGUCAGUCAGUCAGUCGAUGAGCCGUCGAUUGUUAUUCUGGAGGAGUGUUUCGCUCUCAGCUGGGCGUAGUCGUAGUUCCGACGGAGUCGGAGGGCUGUUGAUUCGCGUUUGUUGCCGCUGAGGGAUUGUACAGAAAGUUAGAGCUGAGGUGAGCAACUGAUAUGGGCCAACGCUGUCAGUGAUGCUCUUGCUGCGCCGAGUGAGGUCCAUCUUUUUGAUUGGUGUUCUUGGGGGCAAAGUGUGUCCGUAGACCAGUUUCAGUGAUCAUUAGAGUUUUGCUGCAGUCUUGACAUUUUUCCCCCCUCUAGAGAGAGAGAGAGUCUGCAGGUAGUAGCUCUUCGAGGCAUUUCGAAGCAUUCAAACAUGGAUGAAAAGUUAAAGGAGAAGGUGGACGAAAUGAAAACAAAAGGUAAAGAUCUGCUCAAGAAGUUUAGUAGUCCUUUCGGAUUUUCCCGAAGUACCCCCACCUUCAAGGGUCAAGGACACACGCUGGGAGGCCCUACGCAGUCUCGUUCUAUCCCCGAUCCAGUCGCUGCUCCUUCCAACUCAAUUGGGAGAGGAAGCUCCUGCAACAGCCGACCUGGAUCAGCGUGUGGUGGUCACCAGAAAGCCCAGCAGGUUGAUUGGAGGAAAUUGCAGCAGGAGAAAUGGGAACGUGAGCGAGGAAUUGCCCCCUCUGCUCAAGUACCUGCUGAACGUUGUGGACCAGCUUCACAGAAUUCGGCUCAAAUGCACAGAGUUCAAUCUCCAGGUCAUGGCCAUGUUAUGGAAUCAGUGAACACCCUGGCUUCUGCAGCUGCUUCUGUAAAGUCUCCUCUUGACAAUAGUAUCAAAGUGGAUACUAGAGAGUCGAGGGGUACUGUGCAGGUGAUCAACAACGAAGAACCUCGAUUGACGACGCACAAUUCAAUGCCAGAUCUUCUUACAGGAUCGCACUUCGAUCCUUACAGUCCUAUUUUAUCUUCAAGGGGAACCUCGUCAUCAUCCAUGCAAGGCUUUGCUGGACAGAAUGUUCCCCAUCCAGUGGGCAAAGUGCAGUGCCCCGUUUGUCUGAAGUUUUGGAACUCGGAAGCGGAAGUUUCAGCUCAUAUUGACGAUUGUACAGGAGUAUCAAAAAGUGUGGACUUCUCAGGGCUGACUGUGGGAGGGGAAGACAUUGACAGACGAGUAGGAGCAUUUGAGAGGGAGCAGGACGGGAAUCUCGACCUGGAUUUGGAUGAGGCAGUGGCCACUUUUCUGUCACAAGACCGGCCAGCCGGUACCAUUGACGUGAUCCUUCGGUUGUUGCGGAAUAUUCUGGCUGAUCCGUCGUCGGACAAAUUUCGGAAGAUACGUCUAGAGAACCAGAAAAUUAAGGAAGCGCUAGGUUCUUCAAUGGACGGGCUUAGAGUUUUCCUGGCCGUGGGAUUCUCGUUGGUUGGACGAGGAUCGGAAAGUAUGCUGGUUAUGGGUGUCCCUAGUGACGAGCAGAAGCUGAGAAUUGAAACCACAAUUGAUUACUUGGUUUCACAUCAAACUGCAAACACAACUUCCGCUCCUUCCAGUGCAGCUGGACCUGUUCCUGUAAAAGUUGAUCGUCAGCUGAAGAUUUUCUACGCCCCGAAGGAUCGUCUUGAAGAAAGAUUUGAGCUGCCAGGUUCGUUUUAUGAGCUAACCGCAGCUGAAGUGAAAUUGGAGGCACAAGCACGCAAGAAGAAGAUAGAAGAUUCGCAAUUAUUGAUCCCCAAAUCUUUAAGAGAGAAGAAGGCAGCUGCGGUCAGGCGAAGAUAUAAGGCCACAGUGUUGCGAGUCCAGCUUCCAGAUGGUCUAAUUCUGCAAGGAUACUUUGGGGCCAAGGAGUCGACGACAGCUCUAUACGAGUUUGUGGCAUCUACCUUGAAUGAUAGUCAUGAGACUUUCGAUCUCGUCUUACCUGCAGCGACUAAGCAUAGAGUGAUUCCUCGGUUUUUGGAAGCUGGUGGACAAUGCUUGACCUUGGAAGAGGCUGAUCUGAUCCCUAAGGCCCUUUUGAAAUUUAAGCCUACUGGAGGCGCACCAUUUACAGGUCUAAAAAGUGAGUACUAUGGACUAUGUGAACAACUUACCUUGACUACUCUUUUGGAUCCAGUUGACUUAUUAUCGAAGUGAGAUAUUAGGGUUCCAAAUAUGUAGAAUGACAUCUCAAAUUGCAAUGACAGUUUCCUUAUUUUGAUAGAAUGUAGCCACAACUUUCCAUAAAUCCUUUCAGGUCUAACAUUGCACAGUAGAAAGAAGGCUCGACUUGUUGGAUAUUCAAAAUAAUUUUGAUACUUACUCAAGGCAGUGUAGCCAAGGGAGAUACCUUAAAUAGCCAUGGAGCUUACCAUGUUUCAGGUGCUUGGUGCACCUUCAGCCCAGCAUAGCAUGCUGGUAUAGAGUAACGAUUUAAGAGCAAUCAUACUUCAGAAGGCUUUAGUAGGUCUCGUAACACAUGAUUUUUAUGUAAUGUUGAAACCAAGCACUGAAAUGUGAGGAUUGUCGGAUUCCUUCG